AUGCCCCUUCUAAAUUUGAAAGUCGCUAUCCUAGCCGUCGCUCUUGUCGUCUGUCUGUAUAUGCAUCUUCAGAAACGUCAGCAACGCAAGCAAAAUUGCAAGCCAGUUUUGGCUCGAGUCCCGUACAAAUGGCCGUUUGCAUUGGAUCUUCUCAAGAUCCAGUUCACGGCCUACCACAGUGGCCACAGCCUCGAAGCUUUGACCCGAUACAUCACCAUCGCCAAAACUAUCAGGGUAGACUUGUGGAGUGUUACAGGGUAUAUUACGACCGACCCCCAAAAUAUCGAGACGAUCCUCUCGACACGCUUCGAGGACUAUGGUAUGGGGACACGCACGCUGGCUCUCCUCCCAUUCCUCGGCGAGGGGAUCUUUACACAGGAUGGUCAUCCUUGGAAACGUUCUCGUGACUUGAUCCGGCGCCAAUUUGUCCGCAUCCAAAGGCAAUCACCGCAAAUCCUCGUUGUUCAUGUAGAGGAUUUGAUCUCAGCUCUACAGCAAGCGGCAGCGAGCGAGGGCGUCGUGGACCUGAAGCUCUUUUUCUUCGAUUUCACUCUCGGCACGACGACCGAGCUCUUAUUUGGAGAGUCGCUCAGAACCAUAUCCAGGGAAAACAGGGACGCUUUCCGGGAUGCCUUUGACUGCGCAUCCUGGUGCUGCGGGGUGCGCAUCCGCCUGGCGGACCUUGCCCCUUUGUAUAACACGCGGAAAUUUAGAAGGGCGUGUAAAGUGGUGAGGGACUGGGCUGGAUACUUUUCGGAUAAGGCGCUGCGGUAUAUGAAAGAGGUUGGGGAAGACGCUGCUUUCGAGAAGUAUCCCUUCAUCAUUGACCUUUGGAGAGAAAUGCGAGACACGGCUCGUGUGAGGGACCAGCUGUUGCAUGUCUUGAUUGCGGGGCGCGAUUCUACGGCUUGCCUAUUGAGCUGGACAAUCUUCCACCUCGUUCGGAAUCCCGACGUCCUCCGCUGUCUUCAGGAAGAGGUGUCUACGGUUCCGAAGCAAGGCGAUCUGACAAGGGAGCAGAUAAAGAAGCUCACAUUCCUAAGAUGCUGUCUCAAUGAAACUCUGAGGCUGUAUCCUCAACUACCGCUCAACUUACGAUAUGCAAACAAAGCCACCAUCCUCCCUCGCGGCGGCGGACCCGAUGGGCAAUCGCCGGUGCUGCUUCCGAAGGGCACCGGCAUCGGCUGGUCCACAUAUCACUUACACCGAAGCGAAGAUAUCUAUGGACCCGAUGCCACAACGUUCCGCCCGCAGCGAUGGGAAAGCGGCGAGCUCAUAAAGAAAGCCGGUGUGGGGUUAGGUUUUGUGGACUUCAAUGGCGGACCGAGAACUUGCCUGGGAAAGGACUUUGCGCUGAUGGAGGCGAGCUACGCUAUUAUAAGACUUCUGCAGGCUUUCCCAGGUAUUCGGCUUCCGCCUGGCGUGCCGAAUGAGCGGGUAGGAGCGGAGGAGCAGGACCUCGGGAUGUUGGUGGCUCCACAUGGUGGUGUUGAUAUUUUGUUGUCUUAG